AUGCUUCAAGAAUUGCUGCCGAGCUUCGUGGCUGAUACUGUCUGGCCGGAGCGACGUCCGACAUGGAGGUUUCAUGCGACAUCCUACCUCGACGGCCUCCGUGGUCUUGCAUCCGUGAUAGUCUUCAUCUGCCACUACACCGAGUCGCGCCAUCCAUACUUUGUGCCAACGUACGGCCUCAACAAAGAUGAGCCAUCUGCGCUCAUUCAGCUGCCAUAUGUCCGUCUCAUCUACUCCGGACGCCCUAUGGUCCACAUCUUUUUCGUCAUCUCGGGCUUUGUCCUCUCGGCCAAGCCGCUCCAGCUGCUGCACGCCCGCGACACGGAGCGCUGCUACACUACGCUCGCGUCAUCCCUGUUCCGCCGUCCUAUACGGCUGCUUCUGCCAUGCGCCGUCUCCACCCUCGGUAUCGCGGCCCUGUGCCAGGGUGGCUUCCUGUAUGCAGCAGCACCGACUGUGACCGAGCAGCUGCAGAGCUGGGCUGGCGUCUUCUUCCACUCCAUAUCCUGGCCGUGGGCCUGGGACCGCGACCUGCGCCCCGGCUACGACAUCCACCUGUGGACGAUCCCGAUCGAGUUUGCUCACUCCAUGCUGCUCUUCCUGGUUCUGCUCGCCCUAUCACGCAUGCGCGCGCGGCUACGUCAGUUCACCAACGUGUUGCUGGUGAUGUACUGCGUGUGCUCUGGAAAAUGGGCUGCCUUUGAAUUUUUGUCCGGUAUGUUCCUGGCAGAAUUGCACGUGCUCAAGAAGUCCGCGAAGCUGUUAGGCAGCGACUCUUUCAACAGCAGUGAUGCCCACGGGAGGCGAACGAUCAGUCAUUGUCGCGACCGGACGCUGAAAACAAGUUUCCAUGUUGCCAUACUGGUAGCCACGCUUUAUGUUGCUGGCUGGCCCAAUGUCGGUGCCGAGAAGACACCAGGAAUCCGCUACCUUUUGGCCAAGACACCAACGCCUUUCCUGGCGGAUGUUGACAUGCCGCAAAAGUUCUGGUUCGGAGUGGCCGCCGUCUUCACUGUGUGGUCAUGCGGCGAGGUCAAGGUCGUGCGGCGGCUCCUUGAGGGCUCGUUUGCGCAGUAUUGUGGCCGGACCAGCUACGCCAUCUACCUCGUACAUGGCCCUGGCCUCGACUAUUUCCAGGAUUGUGUUUUGGGCCAGCCUUUGAAGCCAGCCCGCGGUGACCCUGGUGCCUCUAAUUUUGUGCCCGCCUUUAAGGGCUCGGGUAUCAAGGGCACAAUUGGCGUUCAGACCUCAACGCAGCGCGUUGUGACCUGGUUUCUUGGUGUUAUGAUACUGGGGGCCAUCAUUGUUUGGAUAGCAGACCUGUUCUGGAGAUUCGUGGAUGCGCCAAUUGUGGCUUUUGGCCGCGUGUUAGAACGUGCAGUCACAGAUGAUGGGUUGUCUGAGAUCAAGGAGCAGAAGUGGGACAAAUACGCCCCAGUCUGA